UCUAAUUGGGUGUGUGUUCGUCUUCCUUAGGAUCUGCCCUAAUUUUUGUGAUAGAAAAUGGCGUACUCUCUGCAACGUUUGCUUAAUCCUGCUCGCGGCACUUGUCGACUCUUUCUUUCUCCAAUCUCCAGAAGUUACGCAUCGGAUUCCUUGGUCGAGGUCUAUCCUGGAGAAGUCGGGAUAGUUUCGGGCAUUCCCGAUGAACACCUCAAAAGAAAGGUUUUAAUCUUUUCUCCUGCCCGAACAGCCUCGCAACAAGGAUCAGGUAGAGUUGGAAGAUGGAAGAUCAAUUUCCUGUCAACACAGAAGUGGGAAAAUCCAUUGAUGGGUUGGACAUCGACAGGGGACCCAUAUGCAAAUGUUGGUGAGGCUGCACUGACUUUUGACAGUGAAGAAGCUGCUAAAGCAUUUGCUGAGAAACAUGGUUGGGGAUACACGGUCAAGAAACCUCACACUCCUCUCUUGAAGAUUAAAGCUUAUGCAGACAAUUUCAAAUGGAAGGGGCCACCUAAGCCUGAAGAAAACUGAUUUUCAGUAAUGGAGGAAUAAUUGACUUUCUACCAUUGAUGGCUUUUUUUCAUUUUUCAACUGGGUUUGCUUAUUAUUAUAAAUGGUGAAUCUCUUAUGAGAUGGUUGAUAUUUGUUCUAUCUAAUAAAUGAAUGAUGAUGAUGAUACUUGUUCU